ACUAAGGAGUUUAGCAAAACAGAGGGAGAAAGAAAAAGACCGCCAGGCCUGGGUUCUCUAUCUUCACUGUUUAGAGCUUUGUAUGCUGUCGUCUAUCUGCUUCUACUGCUGAAAUCAUGGCAGCAGAGGCGUCGAGAUCUAGUGGGUCCGCCGAUUCUUACAUCGGCAGUCUGAUUAGCUUGACAUCUAAGUGCGAAAUCCGAUACGAAGGUGUCCUCUACAAUAUCAACACCGAAGAAUCUAGCAUCGGAUUGAGAAAUGUAAGAUCAUUUGGAACUGAAGGACGGAAAAAGGAUGGUCCACAAGUUCCUCCAAGUGACAAAGUUUAUGAGUACAUAUUAUUCCGAGGAAGUGAUAUUAAGGAUUUACAGGUUAAAUCUUCUCCACCUGUUCAGAGUACACAACCCAUACACAAUGAUCCUGCCAUUAUACAGUCUCACUACCCUCACCCAGCAUCUGUUUCUACAAGCUUGCCUUCUGCUGCGGCUGGUGGGCCUGUAACAGAUCUUAAUUCCCACACAGCACAGAUGGGACUUCCUAGGUCAACGUUCCAAGGUGGCCUGCCUUUAUAUCAGCCUGGAGGGAGUUUGGGAUCAUGGGGGUCUUCAGGUCCUCCUCCAAGUGCAAAUGGUAGUGGUUUACCUAUGCCUAUGUAUUGGCAAGGAUACUAUGGACCUUCCAGUGGGCUUCCUCAUGUGCCACAACAAUCUAUGCCACGACCUCCUCCUGGCUUGUCAGUGCCUCCUUCCCUGCAGCAACCAAUGCAAUAUCCUGGAAUGAAUGCAUCAUUGCCCACAGGAGUGUCAAAUUUGCCAUCAUUACCAGCAGGAGCUGCAAACUUACCAGAGUUCCCCUCUCCCUUGCUUCCACCUGUUAGUUCCAGCUCUGUAAACUUAACUUCUUCACUACCUUCAUCUACUUUGGCACCAUCUUUGCCUCCUGCCCAGUCUAUUGCAUUAAGUUCUGAAGCAACACCAAGUUUGAUAUCAAAUAAGGCCCCUUCUCCUGCUCUUCCUAUGGUGUCUCUGAAUGCCAGUUUGCCUCUGGUUUCUCCUUUGACUACUACCAAUCUGGAUAUAAAUGCCAUUGUACCAUCAAUCUCCAACAAACCUAAGGCAGCUCCUGGUCCAACAUUGCCAUAUCAAACUAUGCCCCAGUCGGUUUCGUCUUUAGUUGGGACAUCCAGUUCAAGUCAGUCUGAAACAUCAACACCUUCCUUGGUAACCCCAGGUCAGCUGUUGCAGCCUGGACCAACAUCAAUAUCUUUGUCUCAGUCUUGUCAAAUCACUCAAAAAGAUGUGGAGGUAGUUCAAGCAUCCCAAUCAGAAAUAGUGGCUCCAGCACCAACAUCAGCUCAAGCACCAACCCCAGCACCUGCACCAGUAGAAGUGAAGGCACCAAUAUUGCCUUUACCUAAAUCUGAUCAAAAGCUAAAUGGAACUCCACAGACUCGUCCUACAAAUAGGGGCCGUGAGAGAGGAAGAGGAAAUGGGAAUUCGCAUCCUGUUACCAAAUUCACGGAGGACUUUGAUUUCAUGGCAAUGAAUGAGAAAUUCAAGAAGGAUGAAGUAUGGGGUCAUCUUGGUAAGAGUAGCAAGAUGCAGUCGAGAGAUAAAGAAGGUGAUGGAAAAGAGGAUGAUGGAUUUGAUUAUCAAGAUGAGGAUGAAGCUGGAUCCUCGAAACUUGAGGUUAAGCCUGUUUACUGUAAGGACGACUUCUUUGAUUCUCUUUCUUGCAAUUCACUUGAUCGUGGGUCACGAAAUGGAAGGACCAAGUUCUCCGAGCAGAUGAAAAUAGAUACCGAGACUUUUGGCGACUUUCCAAGGCAUCGGGGUGGUCGUGGUGGGCGUGGGCCAGGCCGUGGUGGGCGUGGGCGGGGUCCCUAUUAUGGAAGGGGUUAUGGCUACUAUGUUGGUAGAGGUCGGGGUCACACAUUCUCGAGUCGUGCCACCUAGUAGGGGAUUGGCGUGUCAUGUUGUCACCCGGUAGGGGUUUGAUUGUUCCGUGUUAUCUGUCGCCACUAAACUUGGAGAAUUUGAUAUUUUGUGGAGGUUAUAGGAAGAAACCACUGAAACAGAUUACUAAUGAGUAAUGAUGGAGGGCUAUGCUUGUAAUGUUUGUGUCCACUGCUUCAUUGACUGACCGACUGUUGCAAAAAUAAGCAAAGCCAAGACCAAGAAGGGAUUUCCGUAGAAAAGGUGAAAAUAAGCGUAUAUUAUCAUUUCCAAAUGGUUCAUAUACUUCAUACCGUU